AGGGCAAUUUGGCGGUUGGCUGACCCACGCUCCGACCGGUGCCUCUUCGGUGCUUCAUUUUGUGCUUGAUUAUCAGUGCAACAUGAAGUGGUCAAAAGCUUUCCUGGCCCUGUGUCUGAUCGCGGCUCUCACAGCCCUCAGCGAUGGCUUCUUCAUCAAGAAGAAGCUGAAGAAGUUGCUGCUGGCAAAAGCACUGAUCAAAGGCCCAAUCCUCGCCAUAGGAGCAGCGUCAGCCGGCAAAGCGCUCAAGGCAAAGGCCGCCCUUCCCGCAGGAGUCGCCCUCGGUGCCGGCGCCACCGCCCUCCUCGGCCAGUCUUCCGGCUCUUCUUCGGCAACUCCCAAACCCGUGCCAUCCUACUACCCGAGCAUCGCGCCCGCCGUAGUGGCGCCUCCCGGCGGCUACGCCUACCCCAGCUACCCUAGUGCCAGCGCUGCUCCUGCUCACAGCGGUAGCUACACUUACUCGAGCACUGCCGCCCCCGCCCACGAGGAUGGAUACAGCUACCCUGUGCCUGGCGCCCAAGAUCCUGCACCGCCCGCGUCCAACUACGGCGCCCAGUCUUGGGGCGCCUCCGCGCCUGCCGCCCACUCCGUCCAAUACUACGAGCAGCCGCAAGCUGUUGGGUACUCGUCUGUCUCGGGAAGUCCGCACAAUAGUAAUAACUAUGGACCCAUCGGCGGGUCGCUAGGAAGUAACAAUUACCAACAACCAGCGUGGUAGAGUCUCACAGUUAGCAGAACGGUACGAUCGGUGAGGCUUUCUUUCGAGAAACGAGCUCUUUCAGCCACUGAAUAGUAAAAAUUCGUAAAAAUUACACUGAAAAAAUGGUGAAAAAACACGAUUUCAAUUUGCGAAACUUGUCUUUAUUUUAAAGACAUUUUUUGGCUUUAAACAAUUUUUUUGGCUUUAAACAAUUUUUUUAGCGCUAAGAAAAAAAUUUUAAAACCAAACGAUUUGUUUCAAAUCAAGGACGAUUUUUUCAGUGUCCGUUUUUUGGUGAAACAUGGUGAGUAUUCAUGCUUUCACCUGUCCCGAAAAAAAUCUUUGCGGGGUUUGUGUCGUUACAACUAAACGACAGCUGAAAAUGACAUCAAGUAAAAGUCCUCGUAAGAAACAUUUUCAACCUAAUUUUUUUCUCCGAUUCUAUCGUACGAUUAGAACUUCAGAAGUGGACAAAACAUGAAAAAAUUUUAUACUUAAAUCCAUUUUUAUUUUAAGUUCAAACGUACCGUUCUGCAUCUGUAGUAUAAUUUUGCACGCAAAUAGGAAGACUCCGAUAUUAAGUGGCUCAGGGGCGAUGAAAGUCCUCCUAAUAUCCUCCCCAAGACUGACCAGGGUUGAUUAGAAUGGAGUAUAUCUCUCAUACCAAUAUACACUCUUGUUCAUUAUCUGCUGAAAAGCUUAUGAGCAGAAUUGCUAUCUAUCCUCGGAGCAUGUUGAUUUUAUACCAGAAAUAUACAGCUCAUCACUUAAAACAGCAAUACUGCUCAUGAAGCUAUCUUCACUCUUUGGGUCAAAUAUAAUCAAUGUCGUCGGAGCACUCUUAACAUUUCUGGACACGCAGAAAUGUUAGAAUUGCCUUCCAAAAUAAGAAUUUACCAGAGGUAGGCAAGAGGAUUGCCAUUUUUAUUAGAUUCUGUUUGUACAUACAUUCGUAAAAUAACUCCUAUUCGCAUUUAAAAAAUCAAUACUCAAAGCAAGAGCUUUAAACCCGGAGGGACAUAAUUUUCAAAAAAAAAAUGACAGUACCUAACUUCAGGGAACAGAAAUCUACCAGACUGUGCCAUACAAAUGGAAUAUUAAAUCACGAUUAACUCACUACGAAAUCAGGAAGUAAGUGUUUCAACAGUCUUCAGCAAAAAACACGGCUGUACUUAUUUUCUACUUUAAGUCGUAAAAUUGAUUUCUCAGAUUGGUGAAAUAUUUUGCAACUUGUGGCACAGACAGGUGGACGAUUCCAUUUAUUGCAUUUGUUGCCGGCGAACCCCGAUUUUCAGGAAAAUCUAGGUUUGCCGGUAACGUAUUUAUAAUCAGGCUCAGGUUAAACGUAGUAUAUACUAAGAAUUUGUUUGUAUGAUUUUUUGACAGGAAGUAUAACGCAGCCUUCCUAUAUUAGGAGGGUAGUUACAAGUAUACAUAUUGCUAAGUAAUAUCUAUUGAAAUUUCACUGCACUUUUGGUGUUCGUUGAAGGGCGAAAGGGUAUGGAAUGCUGACAUUAAAUGCUCAUGUCGGAAUAGGAGUGAUGAAUUUAUGAGACCAUACCAAAGGUAAUUAUAUUUCAGGGAAAAAAGUUUGAUGGGUCUUUUCCUAAAAAUGAUGGGCCGAUUAGAAAGAAUUCCAUAUCUUUUCGAAUAGAAUUUGCAUCUGAUAACGGAGUGAAAUCGCGCUUCCUUACAUUAAGUGAAGGAGACCAUACCUUUUCUUCGUCUACGAUUCCACCAUGCAGUCUUGAGAGAGCUUAGACUCAGUUUUAACCAUUCAUCUUCAGUGAACGACCAAUAAUUAAAUGUAAAAGAUUAUGAAUUAAGUUUCUGAUAUUUUAAAGAGGCUUCCUUUCAUGCGGCAUUCAAUCAUUACCUAAUUGAGGAGGUUUACCUAUAUAUUCUAUCUAGUUUUCUAAUUUUAAGUAUUUUGCCAAAUAAUUACCUUAGUAAAGCGUUCGGCUCUAUCCACGCGUUUAAAAUCCUAUCGUAUUCCUCUUACCGAAAUAAACUCUACUCCCUCGAGUAGCGAAGAAGCCUUCACACACGAGGUAGACCCUAUCCUAUUUUGGGCAAUAUAAUGAAAGUCCAUUAUUUUACCACAUUGGAAUUUAUAUUUUUGGAAACAUACUCGUUAUUCACCUAAUUCUCUUUCACUACUUUCCGAUUCCUCAUUUCUCAAAACACACAUAAUUUUAACAAUUUUUACUCCUACUGUUUUAGUUUUAUUUCCUUAAUUUAUUUUUAUUCUUUUCCAAAAUCAGUGACCAAAUUUUUAGACUGUGUAAACUAUUGAGAGUCAAAUGUAAAUAAUUUAAAAAUUGUAAGUCAAUAGAUCAAAUAAAUUGAAAUUAAAAUACGAA